AUGGCAGAUAUCAAGCGCCCGGUGGGCCUUCUGUUUGAUAUUGGAGGAGUGUGUGUUGUCUCACCGAUGCAGGCCAUUCUUGACUACGAAAUCGCCCAGAACAUCCCACCAGGAUGGGUUAAUUUCAGUAUCUCUCGAACGUCGCCGAACGGAAGUUGGCACAGGCUCGAGCGAGGUGACAUUAAGAUGGAUGCCGACUUCUUCACGGGGUUCAAUGCAGACCUACGGAGACCCGACCUCUGGAAACAAUUCCAUCAACAACUCCAGAAGAAACAACGUACAAGUGAUUCGGCCAUCCCUCCAUUGCCGACAGUGGAUGCAGAGUGGCUUUUCUGGGAGAUGAUGCGCAUAUCACGCUCACCGGACCAGUAUAUGUACCCCGCUCUGAAGAAGUUAAGACAGUCAGGACAGUUCCUGAUGGGCGCUCUAUCCAACACGGUCAUAUUCCCCGAUGGACAUGAAUACAACAAUCCAUCCGACGUGAAAGAGCAAUUCGAUUUCUUCAUUUCGUCGGCACAUACAGGCCUUCGCAAACCCGAUCCUCAGAUCUACCAGGUGGCAUUACAGGAGAUGGACACUUUGGCCAAGAAGCGGGGACUACUCGGAGUCAACCCCGAUGAUGUUGUAUUCUUUGAUGAUAUCGGCGAGAACUUGAAGGGAGCAAAGAAAUCCGGCAUGCGUACAGUCAAAGUUACUCUUGGAAAGACCCAAGAUGCGGUCAGAGAGUUGGAAAAGCUCACUGGCCUUCAGUUGCUUGACGAUGGCAAAGCACGAUUGUGA